UGCGAAAAAAAAACGCACACUCCACGACGACGACCAGGAUCACCUGCGAAAGAAUAGACUACUUCAUGUGAGACAGGCCCAAGUAUAAAAAUGAGAGCUCCAACUCUAAAUGUUAUCAGUUGUACACCAACCAGUUUCUACUCUAUUCAACAUGAAGGUCUUUCUUACCGUCGUUGCUGCCUUGGUCGCCGCUGUAGCUGCUAAUUCUGCUUAUCCGAAACCGGCUUACCCGUCAUACAGCAAGUCGUACGACUACGCCCCGAUGCCGUAUGUCUUCGCCUGGGGAGUCAAAGAUGACUAUACCUACAACAAUUAUGCCCAUCAAGAAUCCAGCGAUGACAAGGGCUACGUUUCCGGCUCCUAUCGCACCUUGCUCCCCGAUGGUCGCACUCAGACCGUCAACUACAAGGCUGAUGAUUACACUGGUUACGUCGCGGAAGUCAAGUAUGACCGGGAAGCUAAAUACAACGACUACAAGCCCACUGCUUACAAGCCUGCCGGUUACUACACCGCCCCUGCAUACAAAGCUGAUUACCCCGCCUACAAACCCACCUACUCUGCCCCGGCUUACCCCAAGUAUUAGGUGGAUGACGGAUGUCUUUCUUAUAAGCAUUCUUAUUAGCAAAUUUAAAAACAUAUUUUAAAUGGAAACGUCAAUAAAAUAUUCUUUAUUUGAUAAAAAA